AUGUUCUCCAACGCCGGACAGAUUGCUCUCACCCUUCUCGCCGCUGCCCCUACGGCAUUGGCCUGCCUGGGCUACACCGGCGGCCUUCCCAAGGCCACUGGGAAUGUGGUUCUGACUCUGACUGCGCCCAUCUACGUCAAGGCUGGUCAGGUCUACGACGGUGGCUGGCGCAAGUUUGACAGAAACCCCAGCAGCUGCAAUGGCCAGAGUGAAGGUGGUGAGAAGGACACCGCUUUCGUUGUUGAGCGUGGUGGUACUCUCCGCAACGUCAUCAUCGGUAAGACCGUCGGUGAGGGUGUCUACUGCAAGGGUGGCGGCUGCAACCUCGAGUUCAUCUGGUUCGAGGACGUCUGCGAGGAUGCCAUCUCCAUCAAGGACGACCGUCCGGGAGAUGUCACCAACAUUAUUGGUGGUGGUGCCUACCACGCCUCUGACAAGGUGAUCCAGCACAACGGCUGCGGCCGUGUCAACGUGAGUGUUCUUCGAAGCACCCCUCAUGGAACGUCCAACUCUAACAUCCUCGGUAGAUCAUCAACUUCUAUGCCGAGAACUACGAAGUGCGCCCGCGAAGUCUACGUCGAGGGUGUCACCGCCCGCAAGGGUGGCGAGGUUGUCGGCAUCACCAAGGCCAACGGUGACAAGGCCACCUUGGUGAAUGUCUGCACUGAUGCCAAGACCCCGUGCCAGAACUACAGCGGUCCUGGUGCCAAGGACGGCGCUUGCUAG